GUCGAGUGUCUUGAUCCCCUCGUCAAUGCUGGAGUGAUAGGAAUUCCCCAUGUUCACCAAAUCGUGGGAGGGAAUUUCUUCAAUGCAACCAUUGAGUCUGUGACUUAUGAUCUACCUAGCGGAUCCAAUUGUACGAGUUACACUUUCAGUGAAAACUUCAGCAACUUUUGGAUAGCGGCGUUGCAUUACCUAGCAAGGAAUAAGACAUUCAAAUGGUUGGAACAAUUUCCCAAUGAUGGACUCGCGCGGAACGGAGGGAUCACAGUUUAUUACAUCUCCCAAUAUGACGGUGUUAGCAGUGUCACAGCAUUAAAGCCA